AUGCUUUAUCCUGCACUGUUUCUGCUGCUAGCUCUCGCCACGUUCCACGUGUCAUCGAAGGGAGAGGCUCCGCCGGUGGCACCGUCUCUCCCCCCAGCGGCGAGGGAGUUUUUGGAGGCACACAACGAGGCAAGGGCGGAAGUGGGCGUUGAGCCGCUGCGGUGGAGUGAGCAGGUGGCGAACGUGACGAGCAAGCUGGUGCGGUACCAGAGGGACAAGAUGGGGUGCCAGUUCGCAAACCUAACCGCCGGAAAGUACGGCUCGAACCAGCUUUGGGCGCACGGCACGGCGGUGACGGCGCGCAUGGCGGUGGAGGAGUGGGUGAAGCAGAAGCUGUUCUACAACCACACCGACAACUCGUGUGUGCCCAAUCACAAGUGCGGCGUGUACACGCAGGUGGUGUGGAGGAAGUCGCUGGAGCUCGGGUGCGCUCAAGCGACGUGCGUGAAAGAGGAUGCUAGCUUGACCAUUUGCUUCUACAAUCCCCCUGGGAACUACGUUGGCGAAAGCCCUUACUGA